UCGCUCACUUCACUUCCGCCAUUAAAUGGACAGAGAUAUUUACAGAGAAGAAGAAGAAGAAGAAACGUAAAUGGCUUCUUAAUUCUAACACAUUUCUCGCUUAACGACAUUUUAGGCAUGCCACGUACCGCUUACAGAACAAAACAAUCACUCUCAACUAUAUGCCUCAAAACGGAGAAGGUCCGAAUCCCUCUCCUUCCAAGCAAACUCGCAAGUCAUGGAAAUGGCAAAGACGACUCCGCAAUUGGACAUUUGCUCGGGGACGAGAAUCGAUGCCGCGUCACGUUUCCUCAAACGGAUCGGACCAAUUCCCUCCCUUCGGGCGUGGGCACGGUUCGGAUCGCCGGAGGCGAAGCAUGGGAAGGUGGGAAACAGAGUUGCAGUAAUUAGAAAUUCGAGGAGGAAGAUAUGUACGGCCGAUGAGCUUCACUACGUUUCGGUUCAUAAUUCUGACUGGCGCCUCGCUCUCUGGCGUUACCUGCCUUCUUCUAAAGCGCCAGUAAGGAAUCAUCCAUUGUUACUAUUGUCUGGGGUUGCCACGAAUGCUAUUGGAUAUGAUCUAUCUCCUGAGUCCUCAUUUGCACGCUUCAUGUCUAACCAAGGAUUUGAUACAUGGAUUGUUGAACUUCGAGGAGCUGGGUUGAGUGCACAAGGGGUGGAAUUUGGAGAAACUGAGCUGCCUACCAAUAUUUUGAGUAAACAGACAGAUUCAACCAUCAUUAAAGGAGAUCAGCAAUCAGUUAUGCCUCCUCUUUCUGAGUGGCAAGAGUUUCUGGCUGCAGCACUAGAAGAUUUCCAGAAGCAACUUGAUGGGAUUGUGAAGUACGAUUGGGACUUUGAUCACUAUCUGCUGGAGGAUGUCCCUGCUACGAUGGAAUACAUAAGAACUCAAAGCAAGCCAAAGGAUGGCAAGUUGCAUGCAAUUGGUCACUCCAUGGGCGGUAUCUUGCUAUACGCAAUGUUAUCAAAAUGUUACUUUGAAGGUAGGGAUUCUGGAUUGGCUUCAGUCACCACACUGGCAUCAACACUUGACUACUCUUCUUCUAGAUCAUCCCUCAAGUUUCUCAUACCUCUGGCAGAGCCAGCACAGGCCUUAAAUGUUCCAAUAAUUCCCGUUGGAGGAUUGAUUGCUGCAGCUCAUCCCUUUGCGUCUUAUCCUCCCUAUAUCUUGUCUUGGUUAACCCCUCAAAUCUCUGCUCCGGAUAUGAUGCCUCCAGAGUUGUUUGAAAAACUUGUUUUAUACAACUUCUGCACUGUACCCGCUAAGCUUCUCUUGCAGCUGACAACAGCUUUUCAGGAAGGCGGAUUGUGCGACAGAAGUGGAACUUUCUUUUACAAGGAUCAUAUUGGCAAAAGCAAUGUGCCAAUCCUAGCACUUGCAGGAGACAAAGAUCUAAUCUGUCCGCCUGAAGCCGUAUAUGAAACUGUGAAGCUUAUUCCCGAACGACUUGUCACCUACAAAGUUCUUGGAGAACCUGGUGGUCCACAUUACGGUCACUAUGAUCUAGUGGCAGGCCGACUGGCUGUAAAUGAAGUAUAUCCCCGCAUUGUUGAGUUCCUCAAUUGUCAUGAUCAAAUUUGAUUUUCACAUCAACUUUUCCAUUUGCAUGAGGUGCUGCUUCACUUUCUUCUUCUUCUUUGCAAAGAGAGGAGUUUGGGAGAAUCAAGAAAAUCAGACAGGAGAUAUUCUGGCUUUACAAAUAACUUCGUACAUAACUUAAAGAAACUAUAUGUAUACUUUAUAAAAAUUGUUAUUAUAAAGAAACAGUACUAUACGACAAAGUACUACGUAAAUAUUAUACUUCUGAACUUAGUGGCUUAUAAUGAUGUAAUUUUAAUAUGAUAAAUAAUUGUGAAAUUAUAAAUAUGUUAGCUGUGUAA